GGGCUAAAUAUAGCUGUUUGAUGUAAAGUUGAUGCCAGUCCUUGGGUCUAGUUAAUCUUGGUGUUGGGGGCUGUGCAGACCACGGCAGAGCUGAUGCUGCAAAGAUCAGUCCUUCUCUGAACACAGAGACACAUCUCAAACCAUUUCACUGGAAACAAGUAUUGGAAGAGAAAUAUCUUUUCAAUUUCCAAAAGGAUCUGCAGUAUUUGGCACAGAUAAAAGCAUCAGCUAUAUAGACAAUGCAAUCUUACAGCAACCUCACAAAAGAACUGAAACAGCAAGCAUCGGCCAUUGUAAAAGAAAUCCAAGGAAACGACAUAGAUGUUGACUUUGGAAAAAAGAUCAGCGUUCCCAAGGACAUCAUGUUGGAAGAACUUUCUCUCCUGUCAAAUAGAGGAUCCAGGCUAUUUAAAAAGAGACAGAGAAGAUCUGAGAAAUAUACAUUUGAGGGAUACCAAAACUCCAUCAAUUCACAAAUGAAUAGCUAUAUUACUUCCCAGACACAUUACAGUGAAGGAACGGAGAAUGGAAAAACUGUGGGAAAUGAAUUAGAAGUUGGGCAGCAACAUACCCCUAAAACACCUCCUAAUACUCCUGAUCCAAGGACUCCACCAAAUCCAGAUGCUAUUGCUCCAGGGUAUACUGGACCACUGAAGGAAAUUCCACCUGAAAAAUUCAACUCAACAGUGGUACCCAAAUCCUAUCAGACACCUUGGGAAGAAGCCAUUGCAAGUGAUCCUGAACUUGUUUCAAUUUUACAACCCAGGAUGCUGGAGGUUACACCUAAGACAGAACUGCCUGAGUAUAAGACUUUUAACAGAGUCGCAACUCCUUAUGGAGGCUUCGAUAAGGCUUCCAAAGCCUUAAAUUUCAAGAUACCAAAGCUAGAUUUUACAUCACUGGAGCCUGAGCUUAGGUCUCCUUUGUUCCAAGAUGGUGUUUCUCCUCGGCCAAGCUUCAACAGGACUGCCCAAGGCUGGACCUCUAUCAACGAACCAACAUUUAUUGAUCUGUCAAUGGAUAUUGCCCUUCCUGAAACAGAUGACCUCUAAAAUCGUACUGUGCUCCUGAUCAUAACUGAUGAGUCAUCAUCUUCCUUUAACACAUAUGGAUGAUAAUGUGCUUCAUGCUGCUAUGAUGAUAAUUCGCAAUGAACAAAAAUUAACCCUUUGAGAUAUGAGCAUUUGCAUAGUUUGUACAUACAUGUAAUAUUGAUUUCAUUAGAAAGUUCAAACAUAUGCCUAAUGCUAUAAUGAUUGCUACUCAUAAUCUUUGACACUGGAUAUCAAUUAUGGUAUCCGAGACACUGUACAUAUUCUUUUCCUGCAAGCUAAAAUAACUUAUGUGAAAACUCAAAGGUAAUGUGUGCAAAGCUUCGCAUCAGUAACAUUAGCCUAGAAAGGGCUUAUUGCAAGAUUUCUUUUGCUGACAUGUACAAUUUCUGUUUAUUUAGCAGGUUAAGGGUCACACUAUUUUGCUGAAAUAUCCAGUUUGAUUGGCUGCUGUUCUCUUCUUUGUUCACUCCACAGCACUUGGGUCAAUCAUGUUGUCAUCUCAGUUUCUGCAAUUAUAAUAAAUCAAUCAGCUGCCAAA